AUUUCUGCUGCUCUUCAGUCAGUUCCACUGCACCUCCACAUUUUCUACAAUGGCCGCCUCCUCCCUCACUCUACUCUCUCUCCUCGCCAUUGUCCUUCUCUCUGCCUCCGCCUCCGCCUCCAAUAUCACUGAAAUCCUCUCCGGUUUCCCUGAAUACAGUGAGUUCAACGACUUACUCUCCCAGACUAAGCUUGCCGACGAAAUCAACAGCCGUGAGCCGGUCACCGUUUGUGUCCUCCCCAAUGGAGCCCUCUCCUCCUUCACCGGAAAAUACCCACUCAGUGUCAUCAAAAACAUCCUAGCCCUCCACGUCUUGCUUGACUACUUCGACGCGCCGAAGCUCCACAAGAUCUCCGAGGGCUCCGUUCUCUCUACUACACUGUAUCAGACUACCGGGAAUGCCGCUGGAAAUCUGGGAUUUGUCAACAUUACCGAUCUGAGAGGGGGGAAAGUUGGGUUCGGCUCCGGCGUCCCUGGCUCGCCUCUCGACUCCACUUUCACUAAGUCAGUCAAGCAGGUACCGUACAACCUCUCCGUUAUCGAGGUCAGCAAGGCGAUUGCUCCUAGCGCGGUUCUAACAGCGCCGGCUCCGUCGGCUUCUGCUGUUAACAUAACGGCUUUGCUGGAGAAAGCCGGGUGCAAAACCUUUGCUUCUCUACUUGUUUCGACUGGUGUUCUGAAAGUGUACCAGUCAGCCGUAGACAAGGGUUUGACCAUUUUUGCGCCCAACGAUGAGGCAUUCAAGGCGGAGGACGCCCCAGAUCUGAGCAAGCUCAGCAAUGCUGAGGUGGUCUCAGUCUUACAGUAUCACGCCCUCGCCAGCUACACGCCCAUCGGAACACUGAAACAGACAAAGGGUACGAUAACCACUCUUGCCACCAACGGCGCCGCAAAGUAUGACCUCGGGGUGAGGACAGCCGGUGACUCGGUGAGCCUCGACACCGGAGUUGACUCGUCGAGAAUCGCGUCCACUGUGCUCGACUCAACUCCCCUCUGCAUUUUUACCGUCGACAGUUUGCUUCUUCCAGUGGAGCUUUUCGGAAAGGCUCCAGCGCCGGCGCCGGGUCCUGCUCCCGAGACUUCUCCGUCUCCCUCUCCAGCUCCUGCGGCGGAUGCUCCGGCUCCGGAAUCUGCAGCGUCUCCAGCUCCUGUUCUGUCCCCUCCGGCCCCACCAACUAGCUCACCCGCCGGGUCACCGUCCGAAGGCCCCACAGCGGACUCCCAGAACAGCACCUCGGACAAUGGCGGGGGAGUUGUGGAAGCUCCAGCGGUGAUGAAAAUGGUGCUGACAGUAUCGGCAUCGGUGGUUGCUUGCAUUUUCUUGUCCUAAUUAAAUCUGUGAUAUUUCCAGGUUUGAUUAAUUAAAGUUCUUUCUUUCUUUGUUAUUUAUCCUGUAUUUGUGGAGUGGCAUCUCUUCUUUUACCACUGUUUCUGUUUGUAGGAAGGACAUGUAAUUUGCUCCCUAUCUUUUUGUUUUUUGUUUUGUAUUUGACAUAUUUAUGAGAGACGACGACAGAGGGUGAGAGAGAAUUCGAGUGAUUUUUUCUUGAAUUUUUUCAUGUUCUAUAUUUAUUCUGAGAAUUCGGGUUUUGCUUCA